UUUUUUACUAAACUUGUUUUGUAAUGCAUGUUAACAGAGUUCCUGCUCAUGGUGUCUUCUCUCUGUUCUCAGUUUUUAUUGAUACUGAAAAAUGUUCAACUUCUGUUUUAACAAUAAAUCAUUUUAUUCCAACUCUAAAACAGAUAAAACAUCAGGAACUUCGUUUUUCAAAAGGAGGAAACAUGCCGACCCUGCUUGAGAAAAUAGAAAACUACGACGCACGUGCAGCUUCUGCACUGGGAGGACUUGUCUUGAGGAUUUUUCGGUUCAUUGAUCGCGCUUUCUUUGGUCUUCCAAGCAGAACCUUUGGACUCGGCAUCUGGGGUUUACGGUUCAUUGAUCACUCUCUCUUUUGUCUUCCAAGCAGAGCCUUUGGACGUGGCAUCGGUGGUUUACGGGUCAUUGAUCAAACUCUCCUUUGUGUUCCAAGCAGAACCUCCGAAUUUGUCACCUGGAUUGGUCACCAUGUCUGUCGUCCUCUACUCCUAAUCCCAGUUGUUAUCACCUGGAUUUUCCUUCGCAAGGAUGACGCUUUCGAUGAUCUUCAAAGCAAAUUCUUAGUCAUCUGGAUUUUAUGCGUCAUUAUUCGCUGUUCUCUUUCAAAGAAAUCCUCAGUGAAGUACAAGAUGGUGGUCGGUGGUCAAACCUUUGGAGCUCAUCUUCAGCUUUUGGACCUAAUUAAGACUUCAGGAUUAAAUCUGAUUGAGAUCAAUGAUGAAGAAAGAUGCAUCACUUUCCUUUUCUGUCCUGUUACAUCUCGGAUUGGAACAGACGCUGAAGCAGCCAUGAAGAAUGUCAAAGGUGAUGAUCCAGUCAUUGCUGUCUUGAUGCAUUACUCCCAAGAGCCCAGACAUGUUUCCUCCUCACAAAUUUUCUCUGGUUACCCUAAUGUCGUCUUGGAGGUCCAGGUUUUCUACCAUGACAGAAGGAACGGUUUGUUGAGGUGUGAACAAAAUGAAAAAGCUGUCAAUGAGUUAAAGGAAGAACUAAUGAAGCAUCACAGACUAUUAAGCUGAACAAUAAAGAUCAAAGCAGCUUUUGUACUAUCCUUUGAUCAAAUCUGAUGUGUUGUUAGCUUUGAUAUGCAGUUCAUUUUUGUAACAAGUUAUGUAGUAGUUAAAACAUGUUUUUUAACUGCAGAGACAGUUUUCACAUAAGAAAAACCCUAAAAUACAAGUUGAACAAUUGUUUUUUGUCUCUCUUUACAUUGUAUUAAUAAAUAAUGAGUUUUCUUUAACUUUUGUUGCAUAAUUGAAUUACAUUUAAAAAAAAAUGUGUGGGGAAUGUGUUGUUAUGGAGAGAAAAUAUUACAAGCCCUCUUAUAUUCUUUAAGUAAUGGAUUUCUAAUCUUCCUGAUCAUUAACAAUAAAAUCAAAUUUCAUAAAUGGU